CAGACAGUUUCAAUUCUGUGAGGGACUUGAAGAAUGUUUUAAAACAGCGUGAUCAGAUACUUGUGCCGGAACUUACACUGACCUCCAACUGUCAUAGCUGAACUAUCUAUAAAGGUCAUGAUCGUGACGCCCUGAGGGUCUCGUAGGAUGGGAACACCCACAGAGAUUAAUGUCAGUGAUUUGGAGGACGAGGCCUUGCAAUAUAGACAUGAGGUUGUGGAUGAAGGUGAGGGGUGGGACAGUGAAUCCUGCACACCCAUUCAGUCCCCGCACACAAUAGGAAAGAGGAAGAAGAAGAAGAAGAAAAAGAGAUCACUGUGGAUCAACCUCACCAACUGCAAGUAUGAGAGCGUGCGACGGGCAGCUCGCAAGUAUGGCUUAAGAGAAGCUCCAGAAGGAGAGGAAUGGACACUGUACUGGACCGACUGCUCCGUCUCGCUAGACCGCGUCAUGGACAUGAAGCGCUACCAGAAGAUCAACCAUUUCCCAGGAAUGAGUGAGAUUUGCAGGAAAGACCUGCUGGCCAGAAACAUGAACCGGAUGCUAAAGCUGUUUCCAAAGGAGUACAACAUCUUCCCCCGGACCUGGUGUCUCCCAGCAGAUUAUAGUGACUUCCAGACUUAUGCCAGGGCCAAAAAACACAAGUCAUACAUCUGCAAGCCAGACUCUGGCUGCCAGGGCCGUGGCAUCUUUAUCACCAAGUCCAACAGAGAUAUUCGGCCUGGAGAGCACAUGAUCUGUCAAGUGUACAUCUCUAGGCCUUUCAUCAUUGAUGGUUUCAAGUUCGACCUGCGAAUCUAUGUGCUGGUGACAUCCUGUGACCCCUUCCGCAUCUUCUUGUAUGAUGAAGGGCUGGCACGGUUCUGCACUACCCAAUACAACGAGCCAACGAACAGCAACAUGGAAGACGUUUGCAUGCAUUUGACCAACUACGCCAUCAACAAACACAGCGAGAACUUUGUCCGUGACGAUGACACUGGUAGCAAAAGGAAACUGUCCACCUUCAACAAUUACCUGGAGGUCAUGCGGUAUGACAAAGAGAAGAUAUGGGCUGCUAUUGAGGAUGUGAUCAUCAAAACACUAAUCUCAGCCCACCCAAUCCUGAAGCACAACUAUCAUACCUGUUUUCCCAACCAUGCAUCUGGGAGUGCUUGCUUUGAGAUCCUGGGCUUUGAUGUGUUGCUGGACCAUCGGCUGAAGCCCUGGCUGCUGGAGGUGAACCAUUCUCCGAGCUUCACCACGGACUCGCGGCUAGACCGGGAGGUGAAGGACAAGCUGUUGUAUGAUACACUGGUCCUUAUCAACCUUGGGGCCUGCGACCGGCGCAAGAUCACAGAGGAAGAGAGGCGGAGGGUCAAAGAGAGGCUGCAGCAGAACCGCUCCAGAGAGGCCAGGAGCCAGGAGCUGCGUCAGUCACAGGCUGCCAGCAUUGAGCAAAUGCAGAGAUACGAGGCAAAGAACCUGGGUGGGUUCCGGAGGAUCUUUCCCCGGGAGGGCGGAGAGAAGUACGAGAGGUUCUUUAAGCACAGCAGUUCCCUUUUCCAGGAGACUGCUGCGUCCAAAGCCAGGGAGGAGUGUGCAAGACAGCAGCUUCAGGAUCUACGUGUGAAGCAGGAGCAGAAGGACUUUAAGAGCAACCGCAGACGUGACCUCCAGGGGGAGUCUGCAGGAGAGCGGGCCAAACCCUGCCGGGUCCCAUUACGCCCUGCCUGCUUGAGCCCCAAAAACUACACUCUUUUGGCAAUCCCUGCCAUAUCCAACCCGAGGAAGGACAUGGUCGUGGCAGCAGACCUAAUGGAUGAGGAGGAGGAGGUGGAGCGAGUGAAUGGGCUUCUGCAGCGGACCAGUCUCUUGCAUGAUCUGGGGGUGGUGGAUCAGGUGCACCAGAUGCUUCAGUGCACAGCUUCACAGCGAGAUAAUGCACUGCCACAACGCACCCAAAUCAACUCCCAGCAGCAUGUACAUGGGCAGGCUAUCAAAGUAAAAGAGAGGGACCUGGACGGCAAUCAAAUAAAUCGCAAGCUGGACUCCACAGCAGAAGACUCUCGGAGGCCGCGGCACCAGUGCCCAGCGGUUCAAGAACACCUCUCUCAUGGAGCCAUGCCUAGUCCCCAUCCAGUACAGCAGCGCUGGCCCUGGCUUGGGCUACACAGGGGCCUCCGGGACCCCAUGCGGACCGAGUCGCUGGACGAGUUGCACCAUGUUUCCAAAGCAGCUUUAGUAGAUAUGGAAUGCCAGAGGCCCAUUCAGCUAAAAAGAUCCUUCAGUGCACAGCGCAUCCCCAGGACAAUCAGUGCAUCUCUCAACGCCUUGUACCGGCAGGACAGUAUGAGUUCAUCCGUCACUGAGACUCGGCUACGUGCCCAAAUGUCCAGUACUGUGCGGAUUCCCUGCCACCAGCCAAUGUGUACACGGAUAUCCACCGACUGCAAUGCAUUGCAGAGCCUCUUGGUCAUCUCCACCCCAGCCCCUCUCAUUCGGCGCCCAGACCUCCUGCAGCCACCCUGCAAGACCCACCAAAAAAUUCCCACAGGGCAAGCCAGAAUGCUGGGAAGCAUAGUACCUUGGCAGUCUAACAACUCACAUCAACUGGCAGGAGAGGAGGACAUCCUACCGCUUUAUUAUAGAAACCCCUGUAUUAUGAAUUUGAGAGGAAGAAAAAAAUAGUGCAUGUGGUAGGUGGGACUUCAUGGGAUUUCAAUGUUAUGUUUGUGCAAGACUCCUGUGGGAUCUUACCAGUCAGAGCACCAAACAUGUGUGCCAGGGCAGUGAAUCUGUUUUUCAGGAACACUCUCCACCGCAAAUCACCUCAUAUGCCAUGCUUAUGAGGUGAGAGGAGCUUGUCAGCAAACACACAAUUACUAUACCUGUGUAUAGCAGAACAGAAGCCAGAACUUUGUUCUGCUUUCAUGUGACUGCUGUAUUUGUAGAAGUCGUUGGCACUGUCAGUUCCUGUUUCCUCUGUUUGAGUCACUGUGUUUGUACCAUCUCAGACACCUCCAAGUCUAAUAUUCACACUCAAAAGGAAGUUAUAAAUAUACCUGAAACUGUAUAUAUUUAUUUGCAUCGAAUGUUGAUUUACUGAAGGUUCCUGCUUCCUGUCUAGCCAAAAGCAGCUAUUUUCCAGCCAUGAGAAAUAGAUCAGACGCUAAAUGGGUGUCAGCAGUUCCAAUUUAUUUACCUACUCCCGUCUUCUGAUGUGAAAAAGUGCUUUCCAUGCAUUACUGAAUCGGUGGUAACCAGUGAAACGUCGCUGAUACUCUACCACAUGACUAAUGAGAGAGGUGUUUCUGUUCGAUUGACCUUUUUCACUUCCUCAUAUAAUUCCCCUAUGCAGCAGCAUGGACAGAAAACAGUCUAUCCUAUCGACUGUAUUCAUCAUCCAUGUGAAAUGUUCAACAAAGCAUUACAGCAGUCUCAUAAAUUGAAUUUUGAAGAUAAAACCAGUUAUUUCAGAUUUUUGGAACCUUGUUGUCACUCAUUUUGACAUA